AUGUCCUCUUCGUCCUCCACCAAGAUUGCUACUGGGAAUAGAGCACUGGAAACGAACCAUUGCAAUCGCAGUUGUAGAAAAUCACACUGUCAUUCCGAUGCGAAUGCACCUCAAUCACACGAACUAAUCUUCCCGAUUCUCCAACCUGAUGGAAGCAUAUGGAAAUACGUCUCGUGGAUGGACAUAGCCAGAUUCAUCAAGGGUAAAAUACCCGAAGAAGUCACGCAGGAUGAGGUGGUGUUUAGGGACCGAGAAGGUCAUUGGAUAAUGAUGUAUGCAGGUGAGAAAGUUGAGCAGGCUCAGAAGUAUUUGGAAAAUAAUGGGUUGGAUGUCAAGGAGGAGUUGAGCAAGGAAAAGAAGAAGAUGGAAGGAUCUUAG